UCCCAAAGAGGACCCAUUUUUACCCACCACGCGCACCUCCUCCACACAUCCUUCCCUGACCAUGUACUCUCGGUGUGCUCUGGUGGCCGUGGCUGUGGCAGGACUCAGCGUGUCUGAUGCCUUCGUGGCCACGCCCUUCAUGGGUGGUCGUGUAGCUGGGGCCGGUCCCGUCGCCAACGGCAUGUCCAUGUCGGCCAUCUCGAAGGUGGUGGGGCGCGAGAUCAUCGACUCCCGCGGGAACCCCACGGUGGAGGUGGACAUGUACACGGAGGACGGCAUGUUCAGGGCCUCGGUGCCCAGCGGCGCUUCUACGGGCGUGCACGAGGCGUGCGAGCUCCGUGACGGCGGUGCCCGCUACAGCGGCAAGGGCGUACUGAAGGCCGUCAAAAACGUCAACGAGGUCCUCGGCCCCAUGGUGGUCGGGAUGGACCCCACCGAACAGCAGGCGAUCGACGACGCCAUGCUCAAGGAGGACGGGACGGACAACAAGACCAACAUGGGCGCCAACGCCAUCCUCGGCGUGUCUCUCGCGGCGGCUAAGGCCGGGGCGGCAUCGAAGGGCGUCCCUCUGUACCAGCACUUCGCCGACCUGGCCGGCAACGACAAGCUCGAGAUGCCGGUGCCCGCCUUCAACGUCAUCAACGGCGGGGAGCACGCCGGCAACGGCCUGGCCUUCCAGGAGUUCAUGAUCCUCCCCACGGGCGCGGCGACCUUCGCCGAGGCCAUGCAGAUCGGCGCCGAGGUGUACCACGCCCUCAAGUCCGUCAUCAAGGCCAAGUACGGCACCGACGCGUGCAACGUGGGCGACGAGGGCGGCUUCGCGCCCAACAUCAAGAACAACCGCGAGGGGUGCGAGUUGCUCAUGACGGCCAUGGAAAAGGCGGGGCACACUGGAAAGGUGGUGAUCGGCAUGGACGUGGCCUCGUCGGAGUUCCACACGAGCGACAGCAUGUACGACCUCGACUUCAAGAACAAGGACACCAACACGGGCGAUGAGAAGCUGACCGCCAAGCAGCUGGGAGACUACUACACCAAGAUGACCGAGGACUUCCCGAUCGUGUCCAUCGAAGACGCGUUUGACCAGGACGACUGGGCAGGGUGGAUCGACUUCACGGGUAGCGUGGAGGACAAGAUCCAGACUGUGGGUGAUGACUUGACGGUGACGAACAUCAAGCGGAUCAAGAGGGCCGCCGACGAGGGUGCCUGCAACGCCCUCCUCCUUAAGGUGAACCAGAUCGGAUCCGUGUCCGAGUCUAUCGCCGCCGUCAAGCUUGCCAAGGAAAACGGCUGGGGGGUGAUGACCUCGCACCGGUCCGGGGAGACGGAGGACAACUACAUCGCCGACCUGGCGGUGGGCCUGUGCACGGGUCAGAUCAAGACGGGGGCCCCUUGCCGGUCGGAGCGCCUCGCCAAGUACAACCAGCUUUUGCGGAUCGAGGAAGAGCUCGGCGACAAGGCCGUCUACUCCGGACAGAACUUCAGGAAACCUAGCUGGAUGGCGUAAGGGUUUCGCUCCGUCUAGCCGGCUCGGUGCCGGAGGUGUUGGGGAGUUUUCUCACACCCAACACACAAUUUUGUUGCGUUAGGGAGGGGGUGUGGUUAUCCGGGAAAACGAACCUGGUCACCGCCUACGCUCGUCUCUAUUUUCGUGUUUGUGCUCGCUGGGGCCCCUUAAGUUCUCGCGCGUAAGGUUUGCAAAGUCACACCUUUUCGCGACGAAAGGUGUGGAAGGUGGUAUUUUCUUGUCAAGGUUUUUGGGCGUUUGUGCAAUAUGACAUGGUAAAUGGGUUAAUUGGUGGCAGAGAAGGACGGUGCUGUCGGUGGUAUUAGUAUUUUUUGGAGGUUUGAGCAUUCCUCGACUUUGCAAGGCAGAAGAAAUGCUCGGCGUCUGUCGCCCAGUCUGUAGCCGCCGUUCGUUGCUGUAGCUCUUCCGUGGGAAAUCGUCACACACGAGUUUGCCCCCCUGACAUCCAUGGUGCGGCGCCGAUUCACAAAGUACAGAGAGAGUCUGCUUGCUCCCGGGAUGAUUCGGAUAUCCAGGCCUCAGCUCGUAGUCAGUCUCGUUGCCCACUUUUGCGGUUGGUGGGCCCCGUCGAAUGGUUGGGUGCACACGUUGGCUCAAGAACAACCACCGCACGCAUCGUGGGAAGGUUUCAUUUGUAGAUUCAUCAUGUAUGGUAGAUGGUAGAGUUUAGAGCCUGAGCCUCAAACGCCGGCCUCAUGGUCAGCGGAUUGGUACUGCUGUGAGGGGCUAUGUCUCGCAGAGAAGCAAAUUCUCUGUAGCGUGUGGUGCGAGAACGAAGUGUUUUCUGGUUGGCAGAGUCAGUCAUGGAUCAGCAGGCUGUGUACAGGCAACUCGGGACGUGCCACCCACUUUUCGCAUGCCUCCCCAUGCCAGGAGUGAAUGAUACUAUC